UUGGAGAGGAGUUUUAUCGACUGCCGGGUUAACAGGUGACGAUUGUUUUGUUUUCACGUCUGCAGGACAAUUUCCAAUCUCCUGCGCUUCCCAUUUGUGUGGGAAAGAUGCUGAGGCCCAAGCUGCUGACUCAGGUGCUGGGCCAGGCCAACACGGGCGGCGUGGAGAACACACUCCUCCUGAAUCACGAGGGAAGUCUCCUGGCGUACUCGGGCUACGGCGACAAGGAUGCCCGGGUAACUGCUGCGAUUGCCAGCAACGUCUGGUCUGCGUACGAGAAACAUGGACGGAAUACAUUUAGAAGGAGCGACGAUCACCUCCAAGUGGUUCUGUUGCAGUGCGACAACGGCAACGUUGCAAUUAUUCAGGUGGCAAACUUGCUGCUGUGCCUGUACGCCAAGGAGAGCGUGGGCCUGGGGAUGCUGAGCCAGAAGGCACAGGCGCUGGCCACGUACCUGGAGGAGCCGCUCAAAGAGAUCGCUUCUUCCACUUCUUAAGCCUAUUAUAAAUUCUAUUCUCUAUUUUCAUGCCUUUUUGUACACCAACAGUGAGUAGUGUUGAUUGAUUGAUGAAGAAUUGACGCUCUUGAGGGAGUUUUUCACAGAAAAUUCCCGGA